ACGGAUUUAGCGAGCAUGCCCAGUGCGUCCCUCUCAGCAACAGUGGAAACCGCUGGUGAAGCAUAGGAGUCAUACCAAGCAUAGCCUGCGUGUCAGUGCAGUCGACUUACAGCUGGCUGUGAGGAGAACUGACGCUAUUCUUAUUUUUGUAUUAUUUUAUUUCUUUGCGCUUUGUCACCGCUGCAUACUUACCCGUAUUUCAAAAAGUAAACUUACUGAGAUCACUUUCCACACAGGUUAAAUUUUGUUGAGUUUCCAGAGAAGUAAAGUUGGAGGCUGGGCCUUUAGCUUUUUUACCGUCGCUUCAGAGGAGAAGGGGGGAAACAAGCUGGUCUUCUUUUUUUUCCCCUUUGUUUUUAAUUAAAGCCCGAUAAAUGCUACUAAUGAAAAUGGACCUGUUGAACUACCAGUACCUGGACAAGAUGAACAACAACAUUGGCAUUCUCUGCUACGAAGGUGAGGCAGCUUUGAGAGGAGACCCCAGACUCCUGUCCCUGUCGUCUUCCUCCUCGUCUUCAUCAUCGUCCUCCUCAUCUUCCUCCUCCAGCCACAGGACGGGUCCUCCUCCCAUCAGCCCCACUAAGAGGAAGCUGAGUGGUGAUCAGGGGGACAGCGACAUGGAUGAAAACGAGCACGUGGCAAAGAUGAGUCGACUGUUUGCCGCGCAGCUGAAACCUAAUGGAGAUUAUCGCAGCUCUCCUGGCUCCAAGGACCGCAGCAGGAGCCCCAUCGAACGUGUGGUGGUGCCGGGUGCUCUGGGAGUGCCGAGCAACCACAUGUACAGCCACCCCCAUCACCUCCACCUGGCCAGCUUAGCUACCAUGGACCAGCCACUGGCACUUACCAAAAACAGCAUGGUGGAGUCAGCACGCAGCAACACAGCAGCUAUGGCUACAGUGCUGCACACAGUCAGCACUGUGGAACGCCAGCAGAAUCGCCCCUCAGUGAUCACAUGCGCCCCAGCAAACAACCGCAACUGCAACCUGUCUCACUGUACAGUCUCCCACAACGGCUGCUCCAACUUCACCAAUAACUACAGGAGAAGCAACACCAACACAGUGUGUGACCCUGUGAUUGAGGAACAUUUCCGUCGCAGCCUUGGGAAAAACUACAAGGAGCCCGAGCCCACCGCCACCAACUCGGUGUCCAUCACGGGCUCGGUGGAUGACCACUUUGCCAAGGCGCUCGGCGAAACCUGGCUUCAGAUCAAAAACAAAGGGAGUCCCUCGUCAUCUGGCAGCAGCCCAAACUCCUCCCCUGACAGUCGCAUGGUUAAUCACAACCACUCCCCUUCUGUCGUCUCCUGAAGGGGGUGGAUAGACCCCAGUUUUCCCAAUCCUUAUCCUGGCUCUAACAUCCAUGCCCCCAUCACUUUGGUCUGUCACCAGCAUCCCAGAGGGAAUGCUUGUCUGCUGGUCUGCUAAAAAUAUCUAAAACCCUCAAGCCCGCUCUCUCACUGUGCACUCAUAGAGGAUCAAUCGAGCAAUAACAACACAGUCAUUUUUCCCAUCUGUCCUCUGGUAUGCUAAUGCCAGACAAUCAGUAAUGAGUGAUGAGGGUUUAGCCUGGAGCUUAGGUGGAGCAUGAGCUUGCUCCUUCCAGUCAUACAUCAUCCUGCAUGUCAAGCUUGGAGCUGAGCAAGUGUCUGUAGUUAUAUGUAAAUACGGAGAGAACGGAAAAGGAGGUGUUUUAAUUAUUAAUUUUUUUUCUUUUCUUCUUUGUUGUUAUUUUUCUUUAACGGUAGUUUUGUGUACUUGCUUCUGCGUUAUGCGAUGCCCGACGUUUCAAAGGAAAGAUGAGCGAAAAACACUUUGGAGAAAAUGAACAUAAACCACCUGACUGUUCUACCAAAGAAACCUCAGACGCUGAUGUUUAUCUGUGCCCACCUCGGAAACAAAACAACAAAAAGCCAUCUUGCAGUCACCUCCCUCUGUUUUUAUCUUCUUUCAUCCUCUCACCUGCCUUCCCCCUCUCUCCCCCCCUCACUUUUUCUCUCUCUCUUCUGUGUAUGUGUUCUCGUGGUUUUGUUACUGUAUGUGUAUACUUUAGUGAUCGACUCGGUCUGAUUUGCACUACUGCCGUAGAGAGUAAAGGGUGGCAUGUCAUUUUGCAAUCUGGCACUGAACACACUGGGACGGACGAGGCUGACUUUGACACGAUGGCAUAUUAUUCCAACUUUUGUUGGAACAGCCAUUUUUGCAUCCCAUUAACUCCUCUCUGAAAUCUACCCGUGCACAUUUCCACCCCAGCGCUGGUAGAAAAGCGUGAACAAGGUCAUUAUCCAUUAUUUAUUGAAAGCAUUUAGGAAAAUGUAAACACGCCUUUAUGGGGUUGGGCAGCAAGCUUUUGACUAGCGUUUCUCCAUGCUCCAUCACUUAAACUUCAGUAGUGAAGCUGUUAGCUGAAAACACACACAUAGGUGAAAAACUUCAGAUACUGGGUGAUUCAAACAGCCACCAGCACUUCACUAAAGAGUGGUUAUAUUGAGAGCUGCAAGUAUUAAUAUAAAUAAAGAGAGAAGUUGGAGGGACUUAAAAAUUUACCAUCCACCAUUAGUCACCAAACCGCUACAUCAUAUUGUGAGAACAAGGUUAUAAGUAGGUUGAAUUAAACACUAGAAUUGCAGCUUGCAGAUUUGGUCUAAUGUGGCCAUAAGAUGUGUAAAUAUGAAUGUUUGUAUGUGGUUUAUACAGAUACCUAAAAAGCAAAAGACCCCUUGGUUUGAUCCUGGGAGGUAUUAUAUUUUAACAUGUCAUGCUGCCCAGUCCUCUGGUAUCGGCUCUAUGCACAUCCAGAUUCUUAUUUAAGCAGCGCUGAUUUGUAUCGAACAAUAAAAACUGGCUUUCAGUUUAAGUGCACAGUCAGGUUAAAAAUGAAAAAACCAUCAGCUCCUGUGAUGUUCAUGGCCAUCACAACCGUAAUGACAGGAGAUUAGGGUUGAAAACACUGACCGAGUGUGUUGAAGGCUGGGCUUUGCCGAACGACGUGCUUUGAUGUGUUUCACGGGCUUAACUGCUGACAGUGAUGAGGGGAUAGAUGACGCUGCAUGUCACUUUGUGGUUGAAAGAAAAAAAGUCUGGUUUCUCGACCGGGGGAGAGAAGAUUUUUCAGAUCUCUUCAAACACACCUUUGUUUUUGUUGUUUUUUUUUGGGGGGGGGGGGGGGUUGGUGUCUUUGAUCGUGGGUGUAGUAAUUAUAUUUGGCAUACACCCUGCUGUCCUUCCCUCCCUCUCCUACACACUGUGGUUUGGUAGAUUUCUACAAGGUUUUAAGGGUAAAUUAAUGCAUGUUGUUUUGUUUUUUUGUUUGUUUUUUAAUAGCUGGUAUCUAUUAGUGUUUUUAGCAUUUCAAACAUAACUUUUAUUAGCCUUUUCAUUCAGACGUUAGUUGUUACUUCUUUCGUUGUCAGUAACAGACAUAGACACUAUACACUCACUGCUGGGUCAGUUGUACUCCAUAUUGUUAUUGUUAUUAUUACAAUUUUGUAUUUUUUUGUUUUGUUGUUUUCCAUUACUAGCAGUAUGGUAACAAACAUCUAUAGUGGGACAGCCUCCGGACAGGCUCUGUUAAAUGAUGAGAGCUACGUUUCCUAAAAUCAUCUCAACCCAGUAGGCGAUCAGCUCACCCCCGCAGCAGAGUGACGAUUGUCUUGGGGUUUAGUUGGGUUUGGGAUCCAAAGCUCAUUAAGGUUUUCUUAAGAUGUUGAUCCAUCAGUGGUACAGGAUGCUACAAACGUCAGCUUGACUGAGCUGAGACACCACACAAACAGCAAAAAGUCAGCGGGGUCUUGUUUUCUCCAAAAGCAUCUGAGCACCUAGCCUAUUCAGCUGCCAUCCUAAAGUCACUACCUUCGCAGGCUUCGGAUGCUUUUGGGAAGCAGGGUUUGUUUACAAGAAGAGUUGGUUCGCGAUGGCUCUCAAACAUCUUGUUGACGCAUAAAAGUGUCUUAAAGUUACGGCACUAAAAAGACGACAUUACGGAAAUAGCAUUGGCAGACCUAGCAGAGAGACGCUAGAGAACAAAACACUUGGCUGAUAAUUAGUUAUCUGAAUUUAUGGUGUGACGUUUCACCUCGUUCAACCUCCAUCAGCUGACUUUUUGUGUUCCGACUUGGUGUCCAGACCUUUUUUAUAAAUAUAUAUAUAAAUACAUAUUUCUCUCUUUCUUUUCUGAACUUAAACUAGAGUGCUGCAGUCUAAGGAAAUGAAUUUUACUCUGCAAAGCAACCUGCGCCAAGGUGGCAUACAUUCCUGCUGUAGGCAACUUUGUACAGGCCUCAACGCAUUCGCUAACUUUAUAUCAACAGGCGGAGCUAAUAAGUAGUGAGGGCUACUUGUCCCCAUCCCCUCCCAACAACAUCUCUUGUGUCUUUGCCCGAAUUAAAAGGCGCCCCAUUUGCCUUUUUUAAGAAAUAAAUUGGUCAUAGUGAAGAAUAAAAGAUAAAGAGAAUAAAGGAACAACUGAAUUUUAAUUUUUGAGGACAUUUAGUGGUCCGAUUUAGAGAACUUGGGGUCUUACUAGCAGUCAGUGAAAACAUUACUCACCCUGCAUUAAAACUACAGAUUGACUUAAAGUCUCUGAGCUAAGGCAGAUAGGUGGUGAGGUUUUGAUUCGUUGGCUUUGUGUAAUUUGUGUCAAGAAUGGCAAGUACGUACAUUAGAGUUCUGUACCGCGUUCUAAAGCGUCUACACAUUCCAGUCUCAGCUAUCAGAACAGGCCUAGAACUAGAUGAUGGAAGUUCUACAAUGUUACCCGAGAUUCACAUUUAACUGGAGUUCUGUCAUGUACUUGUGCUUUCUGUGCCCAGUUUUGAGUGGAUUGGGUUGGUGGUUUUUCGCAGGCAGAGUGUUGGGGCGGGAGGCUGAGCUUUCAGAAGCUGAGCUUUUGUAAGCGCGACCUGUGAGCCAGGACAUGUUCACCUGCCACUCAGCGUUGCCUCUCCCCCCACCUCUCAGAUUUAGUUAGCCUGUAUGCAGUCAGUAACACCGUAACACGAGGGAAAUGGGCUCGGUGUCCAGAGGAUUUUGUUUUUCUGUUAUUCUUUCUCGUUAUCAUUUCACUACCACCCCGUAGGUAGGCUCUCUUUAUGCUUUGGCACACACUCCCUACGCACUGUAGGAAAAUCACUUAAUAAAAAAAUACUUUUUUAUAAUAGGUAAACUAUAAGACCAUCAUUACGCUGUGCGUAACGAAUGUACAGAGAAAAAAAAAUCGUAGGUAUUUUUUGAGGAACAAUGAAUUUGUUAAUGAUAUGUAGCUAUUUAAUUGUUUUUUUCCCUGUCCUUAUAUUGUAAUCAUUGCAUUUUCUUUUUUUGUGAAAAAGUUGAUCUUUUUUGUUUAUAGAGUUUGUCUUGUUAGAGUAAAGGUUCAAGUGCAGGAGCACAGAAAACGUGUGAAACCACAGUAAGCCACAGGUGUGUCGGUGACAAUCGCUACUUCCAUUGGUCCCCAUGGUGUUCGAUCAUGUGACUUCAGAGACAUUUGAACAAGACUUACCAGUAAGCCAAAACAAAGUUUGUUUUGCGGGCCUUUUGAGCAAUUUGCAUGUUUUGCGUUGUUGGAAGAUUUUGCAUCUAGCCCAUUCUGUCUUGCUUGCCAUUUCCAAAAGAGUUCAUUUUAAAAAAAACAUAAGCAAAGUCCCCAUUAGUCACGGGCUAGCAGGCAGGUACAAUUUCAAACGGCACGUAAGCAAUAGCGUCUUUUUUUCAUGACUUUUUUCAUCUAUGGAUGGGAAAUGAGUGAAGUAAAACUAUCAGUCAGCAUUUGUUGAAUUUGCUGUUGGAACUGAUGAAACUGUAGAUGUGUUUUGUGCUGCGGAUCAUCUGCUUUGGUGCCAGUCAGCGAGGCGUAGAUGAUCUAAGAAGCAAAUGAGUUCUGGGGAUGUCACUCCUAAAUAUGUCACCACAGUUCCCAUCUGUUGAAGUCGUUUUGCAUUCUUAAUCAAGUUAACAUGAAAAUCGAGCAAAUAAAUCAAAGAGGAGUCGGUCUUUACUCGGACUGCACCACAUUUUCCAGGUCUUUUUUGAAGUGGAAGUAGCAUGUACUUAAUGGUAGUAAUACUCUGAACUGUAAUAAAAUUUCUAUCAAGAUUUGUGGCUCUGUGUCUCCUACUUAAAAGGUUUUGGCAGGCCACCUUUUUUGUACGUUAAAGUAGCCUUGAUGAACAAUAAAGUGCUUUUAA